CUUCCGGCAUGUUCAGCUCCGGAGGAAGAACCGCCGAGAAGUGGAGGGCGGGGGAGAGACUCCAAUGCCCAGCGGGCCGUGCGCGGGCGGCGCUUGCGCGAAACGCGGACGGGGGGGCGGUCGGGCCAUUUAAAUGUGUGUUUGUGGGUGAAAUGGCUGCGCAGGUCGGAGCAGUGCGCGUAGUACGGGCGGUGGCGGCGCAGGAAGAGCCGGACAAAGAAGGGAAGGAGAAACCUCAUGUUGGGGUCUCGCCGCGGGGAGUGAAGCGGCAGCGCCGAGCGAGCAGUGGGGGGUCUCAGGAGAAGCGGGGGCGGCCGAGCCAGGACCCCCCUCUCGCUCCCCCUCACCGGCGGCGUCGCAGCCGCCAACAUCCCGGGCCGCUGCCGCCAACGAAUGCAGCCCCAACCGUCCCAGGCCCUGUUGAGCCUCUGCUCCUGCCGCCUCCGCCGCCACCUUCGCUGGCACCCGCCGGGCCCACUGUCGCUGCCCCGCUCCCGGCCCCAGGCACCUCGGCCCUCUUCACCUUCUCUCCCUUGACGGUGAGCGCGGCCGGGCCCAAGCAUAAGGGCCACAAGGAGCGGCACAAGCACCAUCACCACCGCGGCUCCGAUGGUGACCCCAGCUCCUGCGUUCCUGGCGAUCUCAAGCACAAGGACAAGCAGGAAAACGGCGAGAGGACUGGAGGGGUGCCUCUGACCAAGGCCCCCAAGAGAGAAACACCAGAUGAAAAUGGUAAAACCCAGAGAGCUGAUGAUUUUGUCUUGAAGAAAAUAAAGAAGAAAAAGAAAAAGAAACACCGAGAAGAUAUGCGAGGAAGACGCCUUAAAAUGUACAAUAAGGAAGUACAAACCGUCUGUGCUGGCCUGACCCGCAUCAGUAAGGAAAUCCUCACCCAAGGACAAAUAAAUAGCACUUCAGGAGUUAAUAAGGAGUCCUUCAGGUAUCUGAAAGAUGAACAGCUGUGCCGAUUAAAUUUGGGCAUGCAAGAAUAUCGGGUACCCCAGGGAGUACAAACACCUUUUAUGACUCACCAGGAACAUUCUAUUCGUAGAAAUUUCUUAAAAACAGGUACUAAAUUUAGCAACUUUAUUCAUGAGGAACACCAGUCCAAUGGUGGUGCACUUGUCCUUCAUGCUUACAUGGAUGAACUCUCAUUUUUGUCUCCAAUGGAGAUGGAGAGAUUUUCCGAGGAGUUUCUUGCUUUGACAUUCAGUGAAAAUGAGAAAAAUGCUGCUUACUAUGCUUUAGCAAUAGUGCAUGGAGCGGCUGCUUAUCUCCCAGACUUCUUGGACUACUUUGCUUUUAAUUUUCCCAACACUCCUGUGAAAAUGGAGAUUCUGGGCAAGAAAGAUAUUGAAACAACCACCAUUUCAAAUUUUCACACUCAGGUCAACAGGACAUACUGCUGUGGCACCUACCGAGCAGGUCCCAUGCGGCAGAUAAGUCUUGUUGGAGCAGUAGAUGAAGAAGUUGGUGAUUAUUUCCCAGAGUUCCUUGAUAUGUUAGAAGAAUCACCAUUUCUGAAAAUGACUUUGCCCUGGGGUACACUUUCCAGCCUCCGACUCCAGUGUAGGUCCCAGAGUGAUGAUGGGCCGAUCAUGUGGGUGAGGCCAGGAGAGCAGAUGAUCCCUACAGCAGAUAUGCCAAAGUCACCCUUCAAAAGACGACGAUCAAUGAAUGAAAUUAAAAAUCUCCAGUACCUACCUCGGACCAGUGAGCCCCGUGAAGUCCUCUUUGAAGACAGGACAAGAGCUCAUGCUGACCAUGUAGGUCAGGGGUUUGACUGGCAGAGUACGGCUGCUGUUGGGGUUUUGAAAGCUGUACAGUUUGGUGAAUGGAGUGACCAACCUCGCAUAACCAAAGAUGUGAUUUGUUUUCAUGCUGAGGAUUUUACUGAUGUUGUACAGAGACUUCAGUUAGACCUUCAUGAACCCCCGGUUUCCCAGUGUGUACAGUGGGUGGAUGAAGCGAAACUAAACCAAAUGAGGCGGGAAGGCAUUCGCUACGCCAGAAUUCAGCUGUGUGACAAUGAUAUUUACUUCAUCCCUAGAAAUGUCAUUCAUCAGUUCAAAACCGUGUCAGCAGUGUGCAGCUUAGCUUGGCAUAUAAGGCUUAAACAGUACCACCCGGUUGUGGAAGCCACUCACAACACAGAAAGCAGUUCUAUGGUGGACUGUGAUUUAACCGGAAAGCAAGAAUUAGAAGUUGACUCGCAGUGUGUGAGGGUAAAAACUGAAUCUGAGGAAACAUGCAGAGAGAUGCAGCUUUUGACAACUGCUUCAUCAUCCUUCCCUUCAUCGGAACUUAAACUACAGCAAGAUCAGAUAACUCAGCCUAUUCCAGUUUUAAAGGUGGAAAGUAGACUGGACUCUGACCAGCAACACAAUCUACAGGAACAUUCGAGCACUCCUGUGUGAUAUGUACAUACUCAAACACAUUUUUUAACUUUUUUAAAUUUUGAUGUGAAGUUAUAGUUUUAUAACUGGCUUAAGUUAAGUUUUAUUGGAGAAAUCUUGCCUAUAAUUCUAUAAAGAGAAAUGACAUUCCACAAAUGUCAAGCAUAUCUUUUUUACACAGAUUAUGCAAAGUUAAGAGUUGUAUCUUAUCCCGUUAGUACAGUAUGUAAUAGUGGGUCUGCUGCUACUUUCUGUUUUAAGGUGUGAGGUAACAAUUCAAUCUCUUCUUCAAAUCAAACUGAGAAUUCUCGGGAAUAACAGAUUCUUAUUUGGUAAAUUAUUCACUUCCCUUAAUUUUAUCUUGCCUUGUCUCUUGCCAUAUUUGCUGUUUUUACGAUAGAAGAUCAGACUUAUGCUUUGGUACUUGUGUCUUUAUGACACAGUUUCAGUUUCUACAGUAAAGAUGGCAUAGGUUGCAAGAAAGAGUUCCUGCAUCUUGUACAUGGGCAAGUAAGUUCCAACCAUAAAGAACAGGUAGUUUCUAAGGAAAAUUCAGUGGCUCUCUGGUUUCUUAACAAAAGAGAAAGCACAGCACUUUCUGAUCCAAACUGUCUUUUUUGUAUCUGUUAUUUAAAGCCCAGUGGAUAUUUCAAUUAAAAAUAUCUAAAGAUGAAUAGUCCUUGGUCAUUCAUUUUCCAUGGUUCAUUAAUCUCUUCCAGAAUACAUGGUAACUAUGGAAGAUAAUUGGAUAAAGAGAUAAUGUUGACAUGAUACUCUAUCAUUCUGCUACCUAGCAUUCUCACACAUUGUGUGGAUACUUUUGUUUCCUAAAUUGAUCACGAGUAUCAAACUUAGAGAAUGAUAUCAAUCUUUCUGAUGAGGCUGCCAUAUUUUGUGCAUGAAACUUAGGAAAAACUGUUUUUGUCAUUUGGCAUCAACCUCUUCAUGAUAAAGAUCUGUUGAGACACUUAAUUCACAGUUUGAACUGGUGAAUACUUGGGUUUAUUUACUAUUAUUCUGUGUUGCUAUGGCCUAAUAAAGAAUAUGGCACUAGACUUCAUCCUAGAGCUUCAGGUAACCUACUGCUUAGUAGGCACAGUUCAUAUAGCUAGUGUGGUCUUAACUUCCUAUUAUUUUAGAAUGUUAACAUGAUACACAUUUCACUUUCUCUUAGUUAAUAAUAUAAUAGGCCUUUUGUUCAUUAAAGGAAGAGUAUUCCCCACACCUAAGACCAGAUUCUUGUAUCUACCUGGUUAUUGUGCAAUUUGGAGAUUUUUUUUCCUGGAGGGUGAGAUUUGGAAUAUUUACAUUAACAUAGGCAAAAAAGAUGCUGCUUUAUUAUGUCUGUCACCAUGAAAACUUUAGCUGCAUCUUUUAAAAUAUCAAAUAUGAAUUUUCUCUAAAAUAUUCUGAAAUAGGCUAAAUCUUAUAUAAAUAUUACGUUGUGCAAUAUUGUUGUGUAGUUAAAUGCAUAUUAGCAAAGUAUAGAGGUCACUGUGUAAACCGAUAGAAAAGUAACCAUCAGCAAAUACUGCAGUGAUUAGUUAGAAUCUGUAUUAUUCCUUAUAUAUAUGUAUAUGUAUGUAUUCUCUGUUACAAAGGAUGAAGACAAAUAGAGAAACAUUUCAGUGUAAACCAUUUAUGAAUUGGAAGUGAUGUUGGUUUUAGUUAUCUUUGUAAAUAAGGUAAUUAGAAUGGUAUGAAAAGUAAUGUGAUUAUUGCAGGGGUGUUUUAAAAUCUUGGGUAUAAAUUCUAGGGUAAAUUCUAGUUUAUCAAGACUAGUUUUUAAAGGGACCUGCCUUUGAGGGUGUUUUUUGUUAUUUUGGAGGGGGGAGGGGUUAAUCACAAAAGUAUGUGGAUUUGGGUUUUCUUGUUUUUGUUUUUCUGUCCAGAAGAAUUUCAUAGAGCUUUAGUAGGCUGUGCAAAGUAGAAUUCUUCUCAGGCAACAUUUGCUUUUUAAAAUAAUCAUGAAGAACAAGGUUGUUAAAGCAAAAACUUUUUUUAUUUUUAUUUUUCUUGUCUUCCAAGAUCCGAUUUCCCCAUUUCCCACUUGCCAUCCAGCAGAUGCCAUCUGUCAUCUAAGCUGGUCAUUACUAAUAAACAAGGAGACUGUCUCCUGACAGCCAGCACUGUGUAUAAUCACUCAGGAACCAGCGGAUCUGCAAAGACCUACAAUCAAAAGCAAAUCCCCAUUUUCCUUUUAUAAACAUUCUACCCUCACCUCCAAUAUAAACACAUUAAAAGAGUAUACAAAUGUUUAAAAUCAUGUACUAAUAAAUUCAUUGUAUGUUAGAAUUGCAAUAGAAUGGAGAGAGAAACAUUUAGCUAGUAAUGUAUCUGGAAACUGAAUGUCCUAUGUGAGUAUUAGAUUUAAUAGCAUGCUUUAAAGACUGAUGAAUAUAAAGCUCAAGUUUUGAGUUCCUUACUGCUUUCAAAGUUGUAUCCUAGUUGAGUGAUACAAAUGAUUGCAACUUUUCUAAAUCUUGAAAUUAUUUGGUUUGGUGGAGUUGAGGCAUGGAGCAAUCUGGCGUCUUCUGAUUUGUAAAGUAGUGAUGGCAGUGAAGUUGUAACUGAAAUUUAAGCUGAUCUUCCUUUUUGGUAUAUUAUCUGUUGUGCCAACUCUUUGAGAUUACUUGCAGAAUGUGGCUGUGAGUUUGAGUAUUUUGUGGAGCAGAGGGAGAUCUUAAAAAUGUGCUUAUGGAAAGGACCCAAUAAAUGAAUAUUCCUAACUUAGUAACUAGAAUGAUUUUAUGGUAUUCAUAAAUAAGGAUAAACGUCUUUUCCCCCUGCCCCAGAAGCAUUCUGUAAUUACCAAGAUAUGCUAGGAGUAGGAUUAUGAUUCAGAGGUAUCCCAAAUUCAUAAAGCAAUAAUAAAAACCUACAUAUUAGUUUUCCCCUCCAAAGUUUGAACUCUUUAAAAAUGAAUUCCUAAGCUUAAUUGUACUUUUAAUUUGCUUAUUCAGUGCUUAGAAUUUGUCUGACUGGUACUUUAUUAUUUUUAAUUAAAAACGAGAGGUGCCCUUUCCCCUUGGAGAGUUGGAAUAUCAGUUGACUAAUACUACAAGCUCUUGUGGGGGGAAAUGGAGCUUGUCAAAACCCUUUACCAAACCUUAGGAAAAGAUGUCUUGUAACACCUUGCGUCAGUCUUAAUAGGUAUAAAGUUCAUACUUAAUGCCUGGAGAAACUUUUGCUUAUUGCCUUUCCCUCUAUAAAUAGUGUCUAGAAUGAAAACUAAUUUAGAAACAAGACUCCAAGAUUCAAGAAAACCCUUAGUAAAUAUAUUCUUGAUCAUUAAUAUUAGCCCAUUAUAUUUUCAUCUGUAUUUGCCAUUUAAAAUUUAUUUGCAUUUAUACCUUUAGGAUAAUUGAGUUUGUGUCUUUCUAAUCUAUUUUAUCAUUGCUACAGGUUUAAAAAAAAGAGCCUUUCACUAGUACAUGGCAGAAAUUCACAUUUCUGCCAAGUUUUUUUUUAAACAAGUUGUAGCUGUAUUUAUUGGUCAUGCAGUAAGUAGAGGAAAUGUACAAGACAAAUGUUUUUCUUUAGCACAUAAGGGACCUAUCCUCAUCCUGAAAGUUUGUUGCUUUAAAAGCAAGUAUCUCCAUAAAUAUUAUGGCCUUCCAUUUUCUUCAUAAAUUUUUUAUGAUCCACUUGUGCAUGUAGUUGAGACCACUGUCUCUUAAUAUAGCACUUUUCAAUUCUCUAAAGAAAUACUUAUGUACUACUUCUAUCACCUGUUGUAAAUUUUCAUGUAAUAGUGUUUUCUGUGACUAAACUCCAUUUUGAUUGGCAGCUAAGACUUUUUUUUUCCUGUGGCUUUAAUUUAUCUAAGAGGUCUUUGCAUAUAGAUGAAAUGUAUAAUUUGCCUGGCGGACUAUUUGCGUUGUGUGGCCUUAGUUUGUUUAUUGACAUUAACGAGUGUUUUAAAAAGGUUUUUAAUGAAUAGUCUUAAAUCUAAAUUUGUGUGAAUAAUAAUCCUUUUAACACAGUGCUUUUUGUAGCUGUCUAAGUGUGUUAAAUUGUUAAGCUAUUUCUUUGUAAAAUAGGACAAUGGAAUGCAUAGAGGUUUUUUUUUUUUUCCCCUGUAAAGUAUUUUUUUAAUAAACAGAAGUCUGAUUUGUCCUUUA